AUGAAUAUCAAAACUGAUCAUAACUUACCUGAAGUUUGUAUGGAUGCCUGGGCUGAGUUGUUUAAAGAGUAUUUGCCUGAAGAUAACUUGUGUGCUGAAUCUUAUUAUGAGAUUCAGAAACUUGUUCAUAGUCUUGGCUUACCUUCGGAGAUGAUUGAUGUGUGUAUAGACAACUGUAUGAUAUACUGGGAAAAAGAUGCAGAAUUGUUAGAGUGUAAAUUUUGCAAGAAGCCAAGAUAUAAACCGCAAGGACGUGGACGAAAUAGGGUGCCGUACCAGCGGAUGUGGUACUUACCAAUCAAGGAUAGACUCAAGAGAUUAUAUCAAUCUGAAAAGACAGCAGCGUCGAUGAGAUGGCAUGCAGAACGUGGUCAGAAGGAAGGAGAGAUCAAUCAUCCCUCUGAUGCCAAAGCGUGGAAACAUUUGAAUAAUGUUUAUCCUGAUUUUGCAAGCAACCCCCGCAACGUUUAUCUUGGGCUCUGCACAUAUGGCUUUAGUCCAUUUGGAAUGUCUGGAAGACAAUACUCUCUCUGGCCAGUCUUCUUGACGCCAUAUAACCUUCCACCAGAGAUGUGUAUGGAAAAAGAAUUGCUUUUCAUGAGUAUAUUGAUACCUGGACCCAAACAUCCCAAGAGAUCCCUUGAUGUUGUUCUACUGUGGACUAUUAGUGAUUUUCCUGCAUAUGGGAUGUUGUCGGGCUGGACGACGCAUGGGAGGCUAUCUUGUCCAUAUUGUAUGGGAAGCACAGACGCAUUUCAGUUGAAGCAUGGUAGGAAGACGUCCUGGUUUGAUUGUCAUCGGAGAUUUCUUUCCAUUAACCAUCCGUACCGAAGGAACAAGAAACACUUUCGGUCAAAAAGGAUAGUAAGGGACAUUGCUCCACCAUAUUUAUCUGGAGAGAAAAUCGAGAAGGAUAUUGAUUACUAUGGUGGACAAAGCACAGUUGCCAAAGGCGGUAAUUGGCAUAAUCCUCCGAAUAUGCCUAAUGGUUACGGGACUCAACAUAAUUGGCACAAGAAGAGUAUAUUUUGGGAACUUCCAUAUUGGAAAGAUCUGCUGCUGCGCCACAAUCUGGACGUGAUGCAUAUAGAGAAGAACUUCUUUGACAACAUCAUGAAUACGUUGUUGAACGUCCCUUGGAAGACAAAAGAUAACAAGAACUCAAGGUUGGAUUUACCUGCAUUAUGUUCUCGGAUUGAACUGCAUAUUAUGAACGAUGGGAGAAUUCCAGUUCCCAUUUUCAGAUUGUCAGCACAAGCAAAAGCUGCGUUGUUCAAGUGGGUGGCGUCCGAUGUGAAGUUUUCUGAUGGAUAUGUUUCAAAUCUAUCAAGAUGUGUUGAUCAUCAGGGACAAAAGUUUUCAGGAAUGAAGAGUCAUGACUGUCAUGUUUUUAUGCAACGACUUCUGCCAUUUGCACUUGCGGAGUUGCUUCCAAAAGAGGUUCACGAAGCACUUGCAGAUGUUCCAGACAUAUUUACUCAGAUUGGACGGCUUGGUGGAAAACUAAAAGAAGUUUGGUGGUCAAGUUCUGAAGACACACAUAGUGCCCACACAUAUAUACUUCUUAACUGCGAGGAGAUUGAAUCAUUUGAAAGCGAUUUUAUCGCCCAAGUCGAAGAAGCUAUACCAGGAAUAUCAAAUGCUGAUCUCAACAAAAGGAAAGACCAACACUUUGUGAAAUGGUUAAAAACGCAGGUUGAUUAUGAUGAUCAAUUUUAUCCUCAAUGGUUUCACGAAUUGAUACAAGGUCCGGUCGGUAAGGUCACCAUUGCAUCUAUGUAUUUCACAAGAGGAUACACUUUUCACACUUACGAAUAUGGAAGUCGACGAGCAACAAUGAACUAUGGAGUAUGUGUGAAAGGUGAAACAAAUUUCUAUGGAAUCUUUAAAGAGAUCAUCGAAGUGGAGUUCCCCGGUGUAGUGAAGCUGAAAUGCGUGCUCUUCAAAUGUGAUUGGUUUGACCCUACAGUCAAUAGAGGUGUUCGAUAUAGCAAGUUUGGUGUUGUUGAUAUAAAUGCUUCACGGAGAGUUGUGAAUGAUGACCCACCGCCAUUACAAGAAGAUGCAGUAAAUAAAGUUGAAGUACCCGAACAAGUAGAAGAUGAUAUCUUACUUAUUGAUCCGCAUAAUCCGGGAUAUGAAGAACUUCCAGACGAUGCAACGAAUGAAGCAAAUGAAGAUGAAUUUGAAGAAAAUGAUGAAGCGGAUGAUGUUUCUGAUGACGAGUGUCAAGUUCCAUUAUGUUAG